AUGUCAGAAGAAACAAUUAUGUCUAUGAAUGAUCAAGCAAUUAAAAUUGAACCAACAGAAUAUUCAGCAGAAGACAUUAAACACGAAAUUGAGGAUGAAUCAGAUGUUUUUGAUGCCAAUAUCAAAUCUGAGUCGUGUUCUGAGGAUGAUGAAACGUGUUUAGAAAGAUUCAUGAUAUCCGAAGUGACUAUAGAAGAAGAAGUCAAACAAGAGUCAAUCGAGACAUUCACUUAUGAAUGUAACAUUUGUAAUCAAUCAUUUGCAGAAUCACAUAAGUUAACGGAUCAUAUUUUCAAUCACAAGCCUAGUGAUAGAAAAGAACGCCCUUUCAAAUGCGGAAUCUGUAAGAAGACUUACAAACUAUCAAAAGUGCUAAAACUACACAUGAUUAUACAUUCUGAAAAAAUGUCCCUUUGA